UUAGGGAAAUAAAAGUAAAGAAGGGGGAAGGAAAUGAGGAAGCAGCGGUGUGCUUGCUUUGCCCACCGACCUCUUCUUCUUCUUCCUCCUCCUCCUCCUCCUCCUCUCUUCCGCAGUUCUACUUUCUGUAGGUUGAGCUCGAUACUCGUCGCGCUGCGUCUCGAGGCUUCAGAUCGAGCUGGCCGAGACAUCUGGAGAAAGGGAUGUCGUUGAAUCGCGGCUACAAUUAGGAUUUCUCACUUGUAUGUUCCGAAAUUGAGCUCGAUUCUCGUCGCGCUGCGUCUCGAGGCUUCAGAUCGAGCUGGCCGAAAGAUCUGGAGAAAGGGAUGGCGUUAAAUCGCGGCUACAAGCUGCAGGAAUUUGUAGCCCAUGCUUCUGAUGUGAAGUGCGUGUCGAUUGGGAAGAAAUCGAACAGAAAUUUUAUUACGGGUGGUGAAGAUCGCAAAGUUAAUCUAUGGGCAAUUGGUCGACCAAAUCCUGUAUUGAGUUUAUCAGGUCAUAUGAGUUCUGUAGAGUCAGUGGCGUUUGAUUCAGCAGAGGUCUUGGUUCUUGGAGGAUCAUCAAAUGGCAUAAUUAAACUUUGGGAUCUGGAAGAGGCAAAGAUUGUUCGGACACUUACUGGGCACAGAUCAAAUUGCACCUCUGUUGAAUUCCAUCCAUUUGGCGAAUUCUUUGCUUCUGGUUCUUUGGACACUGAUCUUAGGAUAUGGGAUAUUAGAAAGAAGGGAUGCAUUCAUACCUACAAGGGCCACACUGGGGGAAUUUCAAAAAUUAGAUUUACACCAGAUGGACGGUGGGUUGUCACAGGAGGAGCAGAUAACAUGGUGAAGCUGUGGGAUUUAACAGCAGGAAAGCUUCUGCAUGAUUUUAAGUUCCAUAUUGGGCCAAUUAGGUGUAUUGAUUUCCAUCCUCAUGAGUUUCUACUUGCAACAGGAUCUGCUGAUCAAACUGUGAAAUUCUGGGAUCUAGAGACUUUUGAAUUAAUAGGCUCUGCAGGGCCUGAGGCUACUGGGGUAUGCUCAAUGAUCUUUCAUCCUGAUGGAAAAACCCUCUUCUGUGGGUUGGAUGCGACUUUAAAGGUUUUCUCUUGGGAGCCAAUAAGAUGCCAUGAUGCUGUUGAUAUGGGGUGGACGACUUUGGCUGAUCUCAGUGUUUAUGAAGGAAAACUUUUGGGAUGCUCUCACCAUGAAAAUCGCAUUGGACUUUGGCUAGCUGAUAUAUCACUCAUUGCUCCAUAUGCUCUUGGAGUGGUUCCCAAAGUAAAUGUGGCUGUUGAGCCUACUUAUAUUCAUGGAGAAAUUCAUUCCAUGAAAUCAACUGAUAUCAGUAUGAUACCUAAUAUAAUACCUACUUCUGAGUGUCUGGAAACUGGAGUUAAAACUAAGGAGUCCCAAGGAGGAGCAUUCUUAACUUCUGAUGACUUUGUGCCUAGUAUCAUGCCUGAAUCUAAUUCAGAGUAUGAAUCCAAUAGCCCAUCAGUGAUCUUGCACAGAGUUGGGAAUAAAACCUCCUCUGGUGGCAAUACUGAACCACAAAAGAUUGAUUCUAGGAUGCCUACAGAAGCAUCCAUCAGCAUUGCUGCCACACCCACAUCUGUGAAAGUUAUACGAGGUUCUCUUACUUCCACAAAUAGAAGCUCACAAAGUUUGCCUCCCAAGCGUUCUGGUUUGAAUUCUAGUACUUCAAAAGCAAUUAGUUUGUCAAAUACAAAGCGACGCCCAUUGCUGCAAGCAUCUUUAGGAACACAAUCUCCAAUGGCCAUGCCUGUUGUUGUACCUAGAGACAACCAAGAUCUGGACAGUUUCAGAGUAGUGAACACCACCUCUGAGACAAUUUCCCAUGGUUUAAGAUUGAACAGACCUACUCAUAAGCAUAAGCCAUCAUUUGCUGCCAGCGUUAGCAAAGGCCAACUGGUAGAGAAAGCAUCUGUGAGUAUGGGUGAGAGAAGUGAUCUAGAUGUUAAUUCAAGCUUGUCCUUUGGUGUUCCUGGGAGCCAAGUUGCUUCAGAAUCUGAUAAAAGAGAACCUGACAAAACCAGAGAUAUUGCUGAAGAUUUUGAAAGAGUAAUAUCACUAGGGCAGCAUUUACAAUCUCAGAUUGACAAUGGUGAUGAGUUGUCAUGCUCUAGCAGUGACGCAACGUCAGUGAAAUAUGUGAGAGGAGUUGCUGUGCAACUUGGAAAGACACGGACUCUAGUGGAAUGCUGGGAGAGAAGAGAAAAAUCUAGCAGUGGGAAUGUCGCAAUAAAAGGAGCUUUGAUACAGGAUGAACAGAGAGGAUUGGGUCAGAGUUCUGAAAGGGACUUCUCCGUGGUAGAAGUUGAUAUCAGUCCUGAGACAUUAAUUCACAACCAUGAUGCAUUUGUAAAUUCUUUGAAAUCUCGCCUAACAAAGUUGCAGAUGGUAAGACAUUUUUGGGAACAAAAUGGCAUUAAAGGUGCGAUAGGUGCAGUGACCAAGUUGCCUGACUAUUCUGUUCAGGUUGAUGUGAUCAACAUUCUCAAAGAGAAAACUGAGCUUUUUACCCUUGAUCUGUUUUCACUCUUGUUGCCUCUUUUUGUUGGUUUACUUAGCAGCAAAGUUGAAAGGCAGAUUAUUGUUACCCUGAGUCUGCUGUUAGAACUUGUUAAGACAUUCAAACCUGUUAUCACUUCGACAAUAACUGCAUCUUCAUCUGUGGGGAUUGAUAUUCAGGCAGAACAGAGGCGGGAGCGAUGCACCUACUGUUUCAACUAUUUGGAAAAGAUAAAGCAACUUCUUCCUCCAUUAAUUAGAUCCUUUUUCCUACCUUUCUGGCUAGCUAAUAAUAGGGGCGACUUGUUGCUGUAACUCUUGAACAUGAUAGACAUGAGAGAAUACAUUCGAGCUCAAAUCAGUUAAAUUUGUGAACUCUGUUGGAUUCGCGCAACGCCGAAUUUAUUCCAUCAUUCUAUAUCGGCAUUCCUUCUCACAUAAGUACUUUCCCUACUUUGUGCAGGAGAGGAGGGGUACUAGCAAAGCAUGCUGGAGAACUCAACUUAGUUUUACACAACUCAUGAUCAAAUUAACACCUGAUGCCCUUAAUUCCUUGUUCAUAGUCUAAUGAUCAAGAUUUUUUGCUAGGCAACAUCGCCUCAUGCUGGAUGCUUCGAGUCGAGCAUGGCCGACUCUAGUCAUUUCCGCACGAUAUAUCGUACGUCGAUAUGGUAAUGUCUUGUUAUUUGUUCUUGCCUAUUUUCCCCAGAGUGGCAUGACAUGCUGGUUCUACUCUCUACAAGAUAUUAUGCCUCAGCAAACCUUUGUAAAGAUAGGUGAUAUUGUAUUUUACAAUGAAUAAGGAGAAUUAUAUUGUGUUUUUUUUCCACCUA